AUGGCAGCAGUGUAUAUAGAUGAUAUUAUUGUGACAGGAAGUGAUGAAUUAGAGAUCUGCAAAUUAAAAGUCCACCUGGAUGCUGUUUUCAGUAUCAAAAAUUUGGGGAAGCUUAGCUAUUUUCUUGGAAUGGAAAUUGGAUAUAUGGAUACUGGUAUAACUAUGUCACAGAAGAAAUUCACUAAAGAACUGUUGAAAGAAGCUGGUGUACAGGAAGACAAAACAGCAGUGACUCCUUUGCCUGUGAACCUUAAACUACAAGCAACAGAAGGAGAGCUUUAUGAUGAUCCUAGCAAGUAUAGAUGCCUUGUUGGAAAGUUGAAUUUUUUGACUCAUACCAGACCAGAUCUGUCAUAUACUGUGCAACAUCUUAGUCAGUUAUUGCAAGAACCUAGAAUGCCUCAUUUCAGGGCAUUGCAUCAUACUUUGAAGUAUAUAAAUGGAACAAUAGGGCAAGGCAUUUUACUAAGAAACUAA